AUUCAGCCCUCAUGGGGAUCCUACACACCUUUCUCCUCGUCCUUGUGGGCUCGUUGGGGUCUCUGGCCCUGGAAGACCUCGAAAGGAAGGCCUUGAUUUUCCCAGAAGCAUCCAACACGGCUCAUGUCGUUUUGAGGGCCGCUCGCCAGCAAUCUUUGACCAGCUUCACUGUGUGCCUCAGAUCCUACACAGACCUGAACCGUGCCUACAGCCUUUUCUCUUACGCCACCAGGAAGAGUGACAAUGAGCUGCUCGUCUUCAAACCCAAAUCCAACCAAUACAGUUUGUACGUGGGGGGAUCGGUCGUGACCUUCAGCAUAGCAGACAAUCCGGUCCCCAAACCGCAGUGGGAGCACAUUUGCGUGAGUUGGGAGUCUGCCACAGGAAUCGUGGAGUUUUGGUUGAACGGGGAUCACUUGCCCCGCAAGGGUGUCAAGAAAGGUUACACCAUUGGGUCUGAAGCUUCUAUCGUCCUGGGGCAGGAGCAGGAUUCCUUCGGAGGUGGCUUUGACGUCAACCAAUCCUUUGUAGGGGAGAUCACAGACGUGUGCUUGUGGGAUCGGGUGCUUUCCUCGGACGAACUGGCUCUCGUCGGCAACGGCCGCCGUCUUUCCAACUACUUGGUGGACUGGCGGUCCCUUAAUUAUGAAAUCAAAGGCUACGCGGUGGUUAAGCCCUCCCUGUUUUCUCCCUACAGAGCUUCCAUGUAG